CCCCCGGAAACCCUUCAAAGUAUUCGGUUUGGCUAUUUUGGAGAUCUGAUGCUCGAGAGCGAAAUGGUUUGUAAUGGAAUUGUUAAGUCUCAUCUGCUGUCCAUUAACUGCUCCAUGAAUGAUCAGAACUUAAGACACUCAGAUUGCCCGGGAGGCGCGGACACUCGGGCCAAGAUUCGUCGGUCAUCUCGACCAUUAUUUUGCAUGGUGACGCACUAUGUUGUCCACUGA